AUGAACACAUACAAGCAGCCUUUGCGGGCACUGUUCCGCACCAACAACAGCCUGGCGAGCACGAUGUUUGCGCGCACGCUGGCGACCGCGACCUCAGAGCCGGCGGCUCCGGAGAAGGCGCCCCGCAUCAAGGAGUUCCAGAUCUACAGAUGGAACCCGGACGACCCGAGCUCGAAGCCUCAUAUGCAGACGUACUCUGUUGAUUUGAACGCGUGCGGGCCGAUGAUGUUGGACGCGCUGCUGAAGAUCAAGAACGAGCAGGACUCGACGUUGACGCUGCGUCGGUCGUGCCGCGAGGGAAUCUGCGGGUCGUGUGCGAUGAACAUCAACGGAACCAACACGCUCGCGUGUCUGUGCCGGAUCAACACCGACACCGCGCAGACGACGAAGGUGUACCCGCUCCCGCACAUGUUUGUGAUUAAGGAUCUUGUUCCGGACUUGACGCAGUUCUACAAGCAGUACAAGUCGAUAAAGCCGUAUCUGCAGCGCACGGACUACCCGGAGGACGGCCGCGAGACGCUGCAGUCGAUUGCGGACCGCAAGAAGCUGGACGGACUGUACGAGUGCAUUCUGUGUGCGUGCUGCUCGACCUCGUGCCCGUCGUACUGGUGGAACCAGUCUGAGUACCUGGGGCCUGCUAUUUUGUUGCAGACGUACCGCUGGCUGGCGGACAGCCGCGACCAUGCUACGGCGGAGCGCAAGCUUGCGUUGCAGAACUCGAUGUCGCUUUACCGUUGCCACACGAUUAUGAACUGUUCGAAGACGUGCCCGAAGGGAUUGAACCCUGGACUUGCGAUUGCGCGUAUUAAGAAGAGCAUGGCUUUGUAG